AUGGCGGCCAACAGAGAGAGCUUGGAGGCUGCACCCUCUGCAAAGCGCGGGGAGCUGAGAGUCGCAGCUCCCUGGCUGUCCACAUGUCUGUGGAAAGAGGCGGGGGGAGGGGCGCGGGGCCGGAGGCGGCGGGGGCUCCGGGGCCACGCCGGGGGCCGCAGGCUAACGCUGACGCGGGCUCGCGGUCCUCAGGACGUGUUUCUCACGAUCCGGCGCCACAAGACCACCAUCUUUACGGACGCCAAGGAGUCGAGCACCGUGUUCGAACUGAAGCGCAUCGUUGAGGGCAUCCUCAAGCAGCCGCCAGAGGAGCAGCGGCUGUACAAGGACGACCAGCUCCUCGAUGAUGGAAAAACUCUGGGCGAAUGUGGCUUCACCAGUCAGACAGCAAGGCCACAGGCCCCAGCCACAGUGGGCCUGGCCUUUCGAGCAGAUGACACCUUUGAAGCGCUGCGUAUUGACCCCUUCUCCAGCCCUCUGGAGCUUCCAGAUGUGAUGAAGCCACAGGAUUCUGGAGGCAGUGCCAAUGAACAAGCUGUGCAGUGAGGUCCCCACGCCUACCCCCUAGAAACCCAUUCCCCCAAUAAAAAAAAGAUUUGGCUGUCAAAAAAAA